GUCACCCAGAUCGUGUCUGUGUUUUCAUGUCGUCUUGGCGACGGUGAUCGGCAUCAAUAGUGUCUCCUUUGUCAAAUUUAAAUCCGCCUGGGGUUUAUCUAGAAUAUCUAUAACAGCGUAUCAAUACCGCGUGAAUUAGAUUGAGGACCUAAGAGGGCAAAAUCGACAGCAUCAGUACGUUUAGGUUGUACACGUAUUAAUCUUUUUGGUUUUGGUGGAACGGGUUUUCAUCUUUUCGUCUUUCAACAAGAUCUACGUUAAGUGUAGUUUGACCCACGAUAUCCCAGUGUUUGUGUAGGAAAUGGGCCAUUGAAGCGACAAUGGGUUAAUUGUUCACCUGCUUACCUGGGCAUACCGUAAGCCCUACGUACGUAACAUCGACAACGAAGCGUUUUUCUUUAACAGCCUCACUCUACGAGUUGUCUUUUAAGGACUGCUCACUUGGAUACGGUAAACAUGCUGGGGACACGUGUGUGCGAAAGUUGGCACCCUGCCUGAAUACUGUUUACAGAUAUGAUAGAAAGUGAUUUCUUAAAGCCCUAUGGUGAUUUGAGUUGACUUCAAUCACACAGAGGUCAUCCUCGAGGCAUUUUCGCGAACCACUAGUACAGAUGUGAUGGCUUCUAUGGAUUACUAUCACCAACAUUAGGAGAUGUGUUCACUAAACAGGGAAACGCCACCCUGACUAUAAUUUUGAACGGGACCAUGGGUCCUACGAGUUCAGAUGGAGGGCACACAGAUGGCGUGCUCGACAAGUUAGAAGAAACUAAGGCAGAUAUUUACAUCUACCAAGUCCGUCCAGUAGUCCCCACAGAGAGGAGGCCGGACAUCCAAGUGACAGUGAAAGUAAUCUCAAACAAUGAUCAGUGGAAUCAGCACUGUUUUAAAAUCCCUGUCAGAACUGAGACCACUGUCGACGAGGCCAGAAGACGCCUCGGAAAGAAACCAAAAACAGUGCUCGGCACACCGGACUACGCCUUCUUGGCACAUGGAAAACAUAUUCCAAAAGAGAAAGAGAAAGAUUUAAAAGUCAUUGACAUUCUUCCUAAACUUCUGAAAGAUCUGCCCCAGAAAGGAGAUAAAAGCAGUUUCCUGUUCCGGGGAAAUGACGGACAAUCAGUCGAAUACAAAAAAGUUCCCCUGGACAUUCAUGGCAAAAGAGCGGUGGUUUUAUGUGCAGGAAUCCUCCACAUUCUCCCCAGUUGUCUGCAGUUACACCAGGUGGAAGCCACAGGGUUUUCAUUCAUCCCUUUGGAUGCUACGUCACACCUUGAUGAGUUAUACGACGUAAAAAAAGUUGAACUUUUCGCCUCUGCCACCGCCGACCGAAUUAAUGACCUUAGCAACAUAAUCGGGGAGUUAAACAGAAGAGGCCAAGAAAUUGCAUCAAUAACCGACCACCGGGGUGCAACGCCAUUGCACUACGCAGCACAGCGAGGCUUACUGGAAAUUUGCGACACCCUCCUGUCCCACGGGCCCGAGCUGAUUCACGUACAGGAUAACAACGACCGUCUCAGUCUUCACUAUGCCCUGUAUCGACGGCAAUUUGAAGUAGCCAUAUAUUUGAUUCAAAAGGGGUCUGACGUCUUGCUUGAAGACCAUCACGGUGUGACUUGUCUUUCUUUAUUGAAAGUGAUUCCGGAAAGAGUUUUGCUCGAUUUCACGGAGUCAGACGAAACAGACUUUGCGGACCUCGACCCAGCUCUAACCUACGCAUGCUUAGAAGCAGGAGUACGCAACAAUGACUUAGCUAUCGUUACCAAGACACUUCCACACUGUGAGGACUGUGAUCAGCAAAACCAACUCGGGCUCACGCUGCUGCAUGAAGCUGCACUCUUCGCCGAUUCGGAAGUAGUGCGGUGUCUUGUCGAAAAGUUUUCCCUCUCUGUCUUUGACCACAGUGGUUACUUGCCACUUCACUAUGCUUGCCAAAGAGGGCACAGCGAAAUGAUACCCCUCCUGAUUAACGCUGAAGUGGAGAAUGGACAGAUUAACUUUGCAAUAUUAUGUGCACUUUACAGACAGAGGUACGCUGCUGUAUCUGUGCUUCUUGAGAAAGAGGGUUUAUCGUUAGAAUACGAAACGGUAGAGGUUCUCAUCACAGCCAUAGAAAGUAACUGGCAGGGAAGCAAAAGUGUGCUCCAUAACUGCCACCAUCCAUACGUUUGCACACACUUCCUUAGCCAUGCUGCGUGGGAAGGAGAUGAAGCUCUAACACAAUCACUACUAAACAAUGGUGCAGACAUUAACUUUCAGGACUUGAUGGGGCGAUCUGCUUUGCACGAGGCUGCACAACAAGGGCACAUGAACGUUGUCGAGGUUCUUUUAGCAGCACCAGAGACGAGCCUAAAUCUUCGAGACUGGAGGGGGUCUACUCCUUUACACUACGCUUGUGCAAAUGAUAAGGCAGAUGUGGUUCACAAACUUGUUCUGCAAGACUCGAUUAAUGUACAGUUGACUGAUGUCACUGGACGGACUCCUUUUCUUCUUGCGCUCUAUUCUAAAGCUAAGGAGGCAGUUAAAACCCUCAUUCACCAUGCCAUAGGCAAAAUUAAUCCAAGGAAGAUGGACAAAUCAAGAAGAAGUUUUCUUAACUUUCUCCACUUGCUCGAGAGUGAUGACUACAUAUUGCUGAAAAAUGUCGGGGAAGAAAGUUCCGUUCACAUCCAAGACCCAUUUCCUGAAGAAAAAACAGAGGCAUACGCUCCGUUCAAAAUCAGCGAAAAUCUGAAACUCAUAUCACAAGACUUUUACGGCAAAAGGCUUUUUAAUCACUGGUCAAAUUCCACGUACAUGUUGUGCCAAGCACACGGAUGCUAUGACAAGCUCUGUAAAUAUAGUCCAGACUACUACGAAUCUAAAUGCCAUUCAGUGCCUUUCACAUUAACAAAAACGCCAAUAAUGAAGGGUGGUUUAUGUACUAACUGUAACCUUUUCAAGGAUCUUUGGGACGAAGAGAGAACAGGCCUGUGUGAAUGUGGUAACGAAUUUGUUGAUGUUUGGUUUGAUUUGGACGUUUUACUGAGAGCUUACCUUGACCAAAAAACCUCAUUAGUGGUAAAAAGCCAAUCUCAACUUCAGAAGACAGCAUACGCAUUCCAUGGCGAAAAGAUACCUUUAAGUGUAAGUCCCCUGCAUGAAGCUGUUUUGAACAAAUCAGCGACAGCAUAUAAGUGUCUUGAACAUGAAUUAGAGGGUAUUGUUUUCAGAGAUAACUUUGGCAGGACACCACUUUUACUAGCUAUUGAUGUACUCAGUGUAGAGAUGGUCCAAUGUAUUCUCUCCACCAGCCAAAAUACCACGAGGGAACCACAUUUGUUACACCGUGCUCUAAACUUGGAGACAUGGACAGAAGAGGACCGGGCAUCACAAUAUCAAAUCGUAUCUUGCCUUUUAGAUCAUGGGUGUGAUCCAUUUGAGCCGAAUAAUGACUUUUCGUUUUCUGCAUCUCUGUUUGUAUCCAUCCGAAACUGGGUGGGUUUGAAAUUUUGCAAAGAAAGUUUAUCUAAUGUGGCAACCGCUUUCCAUGUGGCAUGUGUCCUAGGUUUGGACAAGAUAAUAAAGCUGUUCCUUGUAGGGAGGUAUGCACCUCCAGAAGCAAUGGCUUUAUGUAUGGCUGCACAGUGUGGUCACGAGAAAUCUGUCAAUGUUUUGAGUGAUUGCUUCAUCGCAAUGUGUAAAGAACAUAGGGAGGAUGUCCAGCUAAAACUUUGUCGUGCGCAAUCUUCUUUGUUAGCUCUCUUUGCAGGCCUUCUUAUUCCGAGCAUUGAAUCCCCAGCCAAGAGCAAAUUGAGAGGGUAUCCAUCAUGCCACUCAGUACGAAAGAUAAUGGAGAUUUACGAAGCUGCUGGCUCAGAAUUUGACAUAUCACCACUGCAACUGGUCCUCAAGUCUCCUUCUAUGACAGAAGAAAUCGAGUCAACAGCGCUUAGGAUUAUUGAAUCACCCUCAUACAUCGGAGGGGGCAUUUUGCAUUCGCUUUGUCACGAUGUUCUAACAGCCUUAGAAACACACCAUUGGCGCGUUGCCAUUGCAAUUCUGGAAAAACAUGGCCCCCACAGACUGUGGUUCUGUAGCAAACAUUGUGAGCCGAAUUUUACUGGUUCUUUCUCCAUCCACAACAAGUCUGAGCAAAAAGCUGAAUGUGCAUCGUAUGUUUUAGCAAAAACAAAUCAGCACGAAGGAAGGGAAAAUAUGUACACAUAUGCAGAUGAGCCAUUGGAUUCAGUUGAGCAUCUUGCUUUAUACGGCGACUGGAAAAACCCUCUGAUGACCGAUAUUCUGUGUCUCGCGUCGCAUCCUCUUGCACCAGAGGAGUUGCCUCAAAAACUUAUCUAUGGUACAUACUUUAAGUUGAACAAGACCCACAUAGUGAGACACGUACAGAUGGCUGCAAAAGAUAUAUACUACCAGUACCACCAAUACUGGCCUGCUCAUACAGAAGCUUUCAUGAAAUUGAUCAAAAUCUGCCCAGUCAUCAUUGAUACGGUAGUACCAUUUCCUUCCGAAUACCAGUGGUUUAACACACGGUUUCUGUCUCCAGAUCAAUCACAAUUUCUCCAAAAAGCGAUUUCCAUCAGAGAGACAUGUGGUUUGUUUGGCUGCGACGUGGCUGGUGCUGCUAUUGCUACUGGGGACAGAGAGGUCAUACAAAAUGCUCUCCUUGGAACCGACCACUGCUGUCCUAGGUUUCCGACCAAUAUCCAAGGGAAAACUGCACUUGAAAUAGCAUGCUAUGCUGGUGAUCUUUUGACGGUGAAACACAUUAUGUCUACGUGUUCGCAGAUACCACACGUAUUGUUAUCGCAGGCAGCAUUACUGGCAUUUGGGACAUAUUCAAAUGUUCUCGAGCCUUUUGAUAUUGUGCUCAAAGAUCAGUGGCCUUGGACUGCCCUUGAUAGGACAUUGUGGAAUUGCAAAAACAUAUUCCAGAGACUGCAAAGCAAUCCAACAGCGAAUGCGAAGAACCGAUUGUCAAUCAUUGAGCUGCUCUGCGACAGAUUGGAUGUCACCGGUGCAUUGCAAAGUCCGAGAUGCGUCCGUGACCUGAUGGUAGGGGCAUGCUUGAACGGUCUUACAGAUGCUAUAACCGUAAUUUUGAGUAGAGCUGUCUCAGGUGAUUGCUCAUGGAUAUGGUGUGCCAUUAGCGCAUCAGUGGUUUCUGACCACCAAGAAUGCGCAAUAGCCGUUCUAGAGUAUACAAAGCACAAGGCGCUGACCGUGCCAGUUGACGAAAUUGGGCUCACUGCGAUACUCAAUAUAGCUGCCAACCUUAAACAGUGGAAACUCAUUCAUUACCUAUGUUUUGAGCAAACAUCGGUGUCCAUGGUGAUGACAAACCCAAAUGACACAAUAGCCUUGAUUUCGUUGAAACUGUUAGCUAUUAAUUCCUCUUGGGGGAAGAUGAAAGAGGAAAAACGGGGACUGAUGUUCAAGCCAAUUCUGCAUUUGGCAUGCGAAGCUGGACAGUACAAAAUAGUGCAUUGCUUACUACAAAAAAUGGAUCAAGAUGCUGUAGGAUGGAUAGUUAACGUUCGAGACAAAAGCAAGAGAACGCCGAUUGACUAUGCACUGUGCAACCAUCAUUCAAAGAUUGCAAUAUUAUUACUUAUAUACGAUGCCCAGUUACCAAACAGAGCCUACGUUGGUCUUAAAGAGGCGUUACGCUGUUUCCCAGAGAGGAACGCUAGCGACAUAGUUCCAGUUGCUGGUUAUCUUUCCACGACGCCGCAGAAAAGACGUUUAACAAAAAAGGCUGUAAUGAAAGACUGUCAAAUAAGGCAGAUUUGGGAUGGCUUUGGAAACUUGUAUGCAGAAGACUUUAGAAGGAUUUUAAACGAGAAAAGGCAAAAUAAAAGUACAUGGAAAAAUGAUACCGAUACCAUUAACAGCAGCUUAUCCGGCACCACAAAGACAAAAAUCCAUUCUCAUGGUUUUCCCGACUUUCAGUAUUAUCACUCAACUGGGGUACUGCCUCAUCUUUCGAGUAUUAAAGCACUCAAGUGGGAUAACCCAGAUGACGUGCCACACACACCAAAGCGAGUACAGAGAAAAAUCUGGAAGAAUAAAGGGGAACUAUCAGCAUCAACGGAGCUCAAAGUUAACCCACUUCCUGUCAGACAGAGAACAGAACACGAAGGCAGAGAAAUGACAGCUUAUUUCACGCCAUUGGCGAAUGUUGAUCCGUCAGAGACACUGACUUCAACUUAUCAAUCGUGUUUCAAAUGUGUUGUGAAGGAUGAUCACACCAUGUCCUGUCAGCAACAAGACCAGUGUAAGGUUGAUCAGAGGGAUAUAAUGCUGAGUUUGUACGAGAUUGAUUAUGGAAGAUACAUGGAGCCGCGGAAGACUAAUAGACAAUCAAACUCCAGUAACUGCAACGACUGCAUGGUGUCUACAUACCAAACAAUCUAUGGCAUUACAGACAAUAAAAAGGCAAAUAGUUCUACUAAAUUUUCUAAACCAGUUAAUACUGACAAAGGUCCCAUAGAGCCAGUUGUAUCUGCAAUGAAUGAAACAACGAAACACGAAUCCCAAAGCGCCCGUAAAACCAACGCAGAGAGAAACCACAUGACUAAAGAAGCUGCGUACACCAAGGAACAAUUUAGACCGAAGUUAAAAGGAGACAGCACCCGUGCGGCAUGCGAGAUGGUGUCCUCUUGUAUCGAUGACCAAACAGAAUCCAAAACGCUCAGAAACGCUUUUAGAUAUGUAAAAGACCCAAAGAGAUGGGAAAGCUUAUUACAUGCUGCCUGUGCUUAUGGUGACUCAGAACUGGUUGAUAAGAUACUAAGGGAAAGGCCAAGCAUUGUCAAUAAAAUGGACAAGAAAAACAGAUCCCCACUUUUCUAUGCUGCCUUCAACGGCCACAAAGGCAUUAUGAAAAUAUUGAUAGCCAAUAAUGCCAUUUUAAAUGAAGGCUGCAAUGUUCUACUGGCAGUGCUCAUGCACCUUUGUAAAAAGCGUUGUUUGAGGGAAGGAGGUAUUCAUCUUAUGUUAAAGUGUCAGGACAGUUGCGAAAAGGACCCACAUUUGUCAGGUUUACGUGACAUUAGAAGAAAAGCAUUUGAAAGCAUAAUCCAAUACAGCGACAGUCACCAUGAUGUGCGAGCACUUAAUCUUGAUGUUGAACAUGAAUAUAGUUCAGAGGAAGCAUUGGAAAUGGUAGAAAUGCUUGCUUGUGAACAAAAGUUGACUAAUCCAUUCGAUGAGAGGAUGUAUUUUACAGCAGCUCUGCUUGGGGAAGAAUCUAUUUGCAAUGCCAUUAUUAAACGCCAACCAAGCGAACAACAUUCUACUAAUACCAAUAACGACGAAAGCGACAAGAACAACUCUGAUUCAUUUACUACAGAUGUCAAAAGCGGUGGUGAGGCCAAAAUGACAUCAACCAGUUUUGUUGAUUUGUUAAUUGCAAUCUACCUCAUUAAAGGGAAACAUUUUCAAUGGAACCAACUCACUUUACAGAAGCAAACAAAACUGAUGACACAUUUAAUAGAAAAGUUUCACUAUCUUCCUAGUCCCUUUGCUUUGGCACGUUUGGUGUUGCAGGGAUUUUGGCCUGUUGUUCUGACCACCCUUCAGAAAAUUGAUGUAUCUGGGGGCAUAGCUAGUGACCUGGAAAACACGCUGUACAUGGUCAUGUUCAAAGCAAGCGAGAGGAACCAAACUGAUAGCUUAAAGGUCGUUCUAGAACACUUACGUCACAGCAAAUCAGAUAAAAGUUAUCUGAUUACGACUUUAAAAUUAGCUGUGCAAAACAACAGUCAGGAGUCUUGCACGCUUUUGUUAAGAGAAGGAGCAGAUCCAACAGCACGGCCAGUAUUUUCAGAUUCAGCGUUGAAGCUGAAGUUCAGAAAAUUAGGAUGGUCGGCACUUCACACAUUGUGUUCUGUAGGUGACUUGGAAAUGCUUAACACAUUUGCAGCAGAGAUGGGUGGCGACCUGGAAUCGAUGCUCCGCACCGUGGCCCAAGAGCACGAAUUAAAAAAGGAAUUGCUGUUCCUGUGUGCUGCAUAUGGUCGUGAAACAAUCAUAACCACUUUUAAAGCCAAUGGAUGGGAUAUAGACGUAACUACUAGUACUAAGAAAUUGUCAGCAAUAUCCACCCGGAUCAAAGGGAAUUCCCUCUUGGAAACUGCAGCAGAAAAUGGACAUGAGUCUCUUUGUGUGUAUUUGCUCAGAAAUUGCAAUGUCCUGCUGCAACAAAAUGCACUUUCUAACGUCUUGCGCUCUGCAUGUGCUAGGGGCAUGGACAAACUAACUGAUGCAGUUGUUUUAUAUUAUUCACAAGACCCUAGUAGAUCAGCUACUCUCAAAACGGCUCUCCUUUCAAGCGAUACCCUUGCAGCCAAAGAUUACCCCAGUCAGCCAGUGGUUUAUGCCCAUUCAAUGGGCCAUUAUGGGGUUGUAGAAAAGCUACAAUUAUGGCUUGUAAAGUCAGGUGAAAAACCGAUAAUUGUACCCACGCCAUUUGACAGUAAAAGGCCUGUGGGCUAUCUCAGAAACCACAUAGUAGAAAACGAAGAAAAACACAAAUUAAGAAGUCCAUCUGAAACAAACAUCCAAGAAGCAUUGGAACUAACAGCGGCUGAAUUGUUUAUCGGUUACCUAAAGGGACAGAAAUAUACAGAUUCUUGGAAGUCUUGGUUCACUGACAGUAUUAAAUUGACAUUUCCAAAGUUUCUGAUGAUUUUUAGAUAUUUGCCUUCAGCAGCAUCCAUGAAGUUCGUGGAAAUGGCAUCGCAGGAGGAAUUUCAAGCCAAUCCAAACUUUUGGGAAGAUGUUCUGGCGGCUACCAUUCGAUACAAUAGAAGGGAAACGUUUGAAGCAAUUUUAAACCAUGCAUUAUUUCGAAAAAAAGAACAAACCAUUAUUUCAUCAGCCACAGUACUACAAGAAGCCUGUUUGGCUGAAGACGCCUAUUAUCUCACCAAGCUUCUUGCAAGAGGCUCAACAGAAUAUCUGACCAAGAAUGACAAAAACGGGAUUUCUCCUAUUGGUUAUGCCAGUGCCAUGGGAAAACAGCAAAUACUAGCUGCAAUGUCUGAUGGUCUUUAUGUGGACGAGCAUUCCGAUCAUGGUGUAGACGAGGACGGCAUAGCGGAAAGUUAUAGUCCUUUUUGCGCUCUGUGCCUGCUACAUGAACAUCGUGGGUGGCGAAGUGGAUCUUUUUUCCCUCUUGUAAAUACUUCCACUGACACAAACAUGAAGGAAGUCCAUGAGAGCGUUUCGCAGCCUGUUUGUUUCAAAUACCCUGUGCAAUUUUCUGAGUUUAUGACGAUACAAUAUGACUUGAAGUGCUAUUUAGAGCGUCUUACCGACUCGAGGACUGCGGCUGAGCAGAUAUAUCCAAUGUCAAGUCCAGCAAAUGUCAAUAUUUGCCGUUACUUUUUAGGUGACUACAAACGUUAUGAGAUGUCAACUACUGACGACAGAAAUCAUGCGCUUACACAGUGCAUCAAAUAUGGCGAUGAAAAUUCCUUUAAAACAAUACUGAUGGCAAUGAAAAGGAAUGACAUAGCAUUUAAAUUGCUGUUGAAUGAAAUUGCAGUCUGCGGAAGAAAACGUCUUUUGGAAUAUUUAAUCACCACGUUUGACACCAGCGGUUUAGUGCAGCAUUUUGGCAGUCCUAAUCCCCUGGAAUUGGCUAUUGCAUUUGGAAACACCGAACUUGCAUUUUACAUUGUUGAAACGUUUUCGUCUUUGCCAUGCGAUUAUAUACGGCCGAUCCUGGACUACUGUGACGGUAUACCUACAGAAGACGACUCAGAAGAUCAUUCCUUGGCUAAGAACCUCACAAAAGAUUCAUUCUUAAUGGCACGCUGGAUUCUUGGACAGAACAGACCUGGUGAUGAAUCCUGGCACCGAUCGUUGAUGGAUCAGAAAAGCACGCUCAGUCAUCCAGACGUUUGGCUCGCCGCACAGUUCAAAGAAGAACAUCUCAAAAUAUUAGAAGCAGCGCGUGCAUUUCAGUCGUAUACCCUGCAGACCACCCUGACACCAUACGAUGUGACGGUAGAUUAUAGAGGACUGGGUGCUGUUAUACAACUUGACAGUUUCAUAUCAAAAGUCAGAGCUCAGUCUUUACUGGUCUUGCAAAGUGCGAAAGAUGCCAUCGAGGAAAGAGACGACGGGAAGCUACACUACACGGCCCCCGAUGGUAGCAAAGAGAGGUUAAAGAAAAUGAUUCUCAUUGCCAGCUCAGGCCAGAAUGGAAAGCACAGCCUGAAAGUGAAAAGCCGUGGAGAACUAGAAAUAACGGUAGCCGUAAUUGAAAAUAAUGGGAGCAUUAUAGAAUCGCAAGGUUUUCUACAAGAUGAUAUAAUGAUAGCAAAGAAGGAGGUCGAUGAAGAACAUCUCCCCUUUCUGAAAUCUAAGAUUCAAGACAUCUUUGGCCUGAAUGUCCAAGUGGAGAUGAGCUGGGGUUCUUUUGAUGUCAUCAAAGACAGGUCACAAAGAUUAGAAGUAAUACGUAAAUUUGCAGAUUCAGAAACUUCUUCGACGUGCAGUUUUGGGGGGUUUAUGGCAACGUUAAACCAAUGCGAAUACUGGAUAGAAAGCAUCAGAGACAUUGCAGAUUCGCAUAUGUGUGAAUCAUUGAAAAAGUCUCUCCCCGCCAUUAAAACUAUAACAUUCCGAUAUUCCACAGACGUGCGUGAUGACAUACCAUUCAAGGAUAUUAAGACUUUACUCGAUCAGAAAUCAGUGGCUUGGCUAUUUAAGUUCACUCACGAAGCAAAGAAGUCGGAAUAUAAUCGAGGUGUCGCAACGGAGUCGACAUCCUGCAACCGCGGUGCAUUUGCCCCGUAUGUGUACUGUAGGCUUUUCCAAAAGGCGUUUAUAGAAUUAUAUCUGUUAGUGCAAGCGUUUCACAUAAGGAAAGAACCAACGCUUAUGGAGGAGCAAGAAGAUUCGAAAGGUGAUAAGACUGAUGACAACCCCCUUCAGUUCCGAAUAGAAUGGUUAUCUGCAUCCCAUCUUGGGAAACCGCAAGAAGUUUUGAAAUUCAUACAUAGGCCAUUAAAACAAGCUUUGAUGACAUCAGUAGAUAGUUUCGUACUCCAGAAACACAUUGAAGCACGUUUUGACUAUUUGCACAUCCAGUUUUCUCCUCAAAAAGACCAAAAGAAAAUUGUUAGAGGCGGAACCAGUAUUAAAUUUAUAUUGGGCGUUUCAAAGGACUGCACCACGCAUAUAGAACUUCCAGACUUCGACUCCGAAUUUUUAGAUAUUCAGAAACAAGAACUGAAGACAGCAGAGACCACAAAAUAUUUAAAACAAAAUUUUGCAGACGCGCUGCAAAAAGUUUCCGACGCCAUUAAAAUGGAGUACAGUCUACCUUCUCUCACAAUGAACCCGGAUUUCAAAGCAUUGAUUGACGAAGCCGCUUCUUGGUCAAAUGAGUAUUCCUCUCACACAAUAGAAACCUAUCUUUUCAACAGUUGUUGUUCAAAACGAGUGAAAAAGGCUUUUUCAGAUAGAUUGUCCAGGGCGAUUGCCAGGCUUUGUUCUAUGUAUAAGGCCGUAGAAGGAAAGAGCAAAAUGCGCCUGGCAUUUUUGAGAAGAUUACACAAUCAGUCAGUGAUCCACGAUUCAGAUCGAGAUCUGGUGAUAAGAAGCGGUAGCCAAAUGCGGAUCAUACAAAGACCUGAUCUGGACCAACAAAAAAUAACAAAUGUGAAAAACAAUUGGGAGAUUCUUUCCAUUGCAGACGUUCUUCGUGAUUAUUCUGGAAAAGGCAGUUGUUGUGAUGAAAUCGAACUGGUUUUGUAUGACAGUGUGUGUUAUCGAAUAGCUGGUAGCGCAGGUGCACUUGCUUUACUGAAAAUGUUGCCUUCCAGGAUCACCGUCAGUAACAACAGAAAAAAAGAGCAAUCCAAUGACCCAACAACAUUGGCGAUAGAGAGUUCUUCAAACUCGCUGCCUCUUGUGGUACAUGUUCCUUCAGACGAUAGAUCAGUAUUAAUCCACCCUCGCGUUCUGGCUAUAGAACGGAAGCGACGUGGUUCAAGUAUAUUUAUCAGCGUUGACAGUGAUUUGUUUAUGCAUAGGAAAGAGGGAAGCAAUCUUGAUGUUGUCCUUGACUUCAUAGAUUACCUAAUGCAUGCUAGACACGUGCAUAACGUGCCUUUGACAAGGCAAAAAUUAAUGCCGACGGAGUACCCAAAAUGUUGUUCUACUGGCAAAGAUAGAAAACCAAUUCCUAAUAUCGUACGUGACAAUCUUGUCCAAUUGAUAAAGGUUGUGAAAAAGGUUAAUCCAACGAAAAACCAGGAAGAAAAUGCUAUUAGAAUCGAUACUGAUGAAGACACCAUGGUGUUUUUCUUGUUUGACGCUGAUAUUUCUUGGGAGGACGUCCAGGUUGCGUACUUGAAGUACCUCAUUCGCCGUGAAGCUGUGAAAUUUGCUGGGGAUUUGUCUGCCGCGAUGGAAGCUAAAAUUGACGCUAAUACUUUUGAGUUCAAAUGCGAAAAUGGGCUCUCGCCGUUGAAAGAACUUGGAGCGUUGUACAAAAAUACUAGCACAAUAUUUGAACCAUUUCAUACGGCGCUCUGUUUCUUAAUGCAGCACUGUAAAAAGUACAGUGGAAAAGUGCAAGGAGUUAAGUCACUGUGCUUCAUCGCAACCAACGAGCACAACAAAGAUGGACGAACUGUCCGACCAGCGGGACAGAUUCUUCAAUAUUGCCUGCCAUUUAGCAAAGCUGCUGAAAACACACAUUUAUUCUUUGGCGCAGGCGAGUUAGGAAAGAUUUUGAUUCAGAAUUGUUUUGACUCUCCUAAAGCCCUUGAGUACAUGGCAUCGGUUCCAAUGCCGACGGAAACGGCCGUGAGUCCUGAGACAAUGGUAUACGCUUACUUCGGUUUGGCCAUGGCAGAGACAUCAUUUGUCAUACAAGGAAGAAAUGUUCUGGGCAAAGAGAUUAAAGACACACAAGACAAACAAACAAACGGUCUGCAUGUAGAUGUAUUAUCUGAAGAUCAGUCUCCAUUGUCAGGUGUAAACGUUGCCGUAGAAAACAUCGCAGCGUGUGAAUGGAGAGUAACUUGGAAACCAACUGAUAAGGGAAGAUAUCAUAUACAUGCCAAGCUUUUUGGGCAGCACGUUAGAGGAAGUCCAUUUGAAGUGCACGUACUCAGUGAGCCUAGUAAAAUGCCAUUUUCAUUAACUAAAAACAAACAUGAGGCUGAUAUUGGGAUCAAUCGUCAAAGUCAGUUACCAGUGGUUAUUGUUCAUCCUAAACCACAUGUGAGCAAAGUCAGCACUUUGACGCAAAUAAAAAAAUUCAGGAGUUCCCCUUGUGACGUCUAUGGACUUUCGUCAAAUGCUAGUACAUAUCUUCUACGUCAGCUCAUUUCGCAAGAAAAACAUUGGUUUUAUCGAAACAGUAAGAAAACGAAAAUGUGCAUGUUGCACUGCAGUACCGACGUCCAGGUAGAAGAAAGUCGCCUUGAAGGAACACAGGAGGUUGCGCUGUUGAACUUAAACACACCUAACAAUAAUUCUGUGUUAACAUUGGAGCCACAUUGCAGACAUUGUGGACAGGCAGUGGAUGUGAUCAGUGCAGGUGUAGUCAAGCGAGCUGGAGCUCCACUUUCUGUGCUGGUUACGGAUGGAAACGAAAGUUUGACAAGAAAGAAUUCCAUGGGCAGCGAGGAGGAUGAAAUAUAGCUCAAACAAGGAUUUAUGGGACUUUCAGGAAUGUUAAAAGUAAAAAUCGGCAUGUGCUGGGAAAACCCUAAAAAGGAUUUCAGUGCUUUCGACUGCAGCGGGAGAAAGUGACCCUAGCUGUACAGUUAGAACCUUUUCCGAAAUGAAACAACCAAAUUCAGACACCACCUGGCCACCUCCACAUUGUAAUGGUGCUAUUACAUGUAAAAAAGCGCCUGAUAUGACAGAAUGGUUAUCCUAUUUGAUUUUUACAGGUUCAACUUCUUUGUAUUUUAAGAGGUUGAAUAUGUAAAAGCAGAACAUAGGAGCGUCAUCAUUAACUGUCAGUUGUACAUUAGUGAAUUGCAUGUAUAUACUGUAUAUAUGCUAACAUAUAUAUAUCCAUUUGAUAUAUCAUUACGCUGUAAAUAAUGUAUACUGCCGUGUAAAUAGUAUGGUUAUGGAGUAGCUUCCUUUUGUGUACUAAGGUAGGCUUCAGAGUCAUCAUUCGUUUGUAUAGAGACUAUGCAUUUGUAAUAUUUCUUUACGGUUAUUUAGAUACUGGUGCUACAAUCAUCUUGUGGUGCUCAGUGCUUUGUGGACACUUGUAUAUAUUGGAUUAAAUGCCCAGUUAUUUUUUCUUAUUUAUUUAUUUAUUAUGUCAAAUCCACUAUCAAUUCAAAUUUUCAUUUCUUAAAAACUUCACGUGCCAAGUUAGUUCACUAAGUGCAAUUACAAAUGUGAUAUAGAUCUUCAUUGGGUCUGCGCUUUGCAAGAAAAACAUAUUUUUAAAAGUCAGACAUUAUCAAGAGAAACUAAUUCACCCGCCAAUACGGAAUGAAAAGAAAUACUUGUAAUUACUUAUGUUAAUCCUGCUUGUAGCGUUCAGUAUGCAUUUCUGUAAUUCCCACGGGAUCUCGGUGCUAAAAGUCUCAAUGUGCCAAAUGUUUUAAGAUAUAUUUUAGCAUAUUUGUAAAAACAUAAU